AUGCUGAUGAACCACACAAACCAAACAGAGGACGACCUCUUCUCCUGCUACAGUCCCUCAGUCGUAGGCUACCGGUACUUUGCUGUGCUGUGGGGAUGUGCUGUGACCAUCACUGGAACAGUUGGGAACCUGAUGACCAUUCUGGCUUUUGCCUUAGACCCACGUCUGAGGACUCGCUUCAAUGUGCUGAUCGUCAACCUUGCUGUAGCCGAUCUCCUUUACUGCACCAUACUGCAGCCUAUCUCUGUCGACUCCUACCUACACCUCAGAUGGCGCAGUGGUCAGCUCUGGUGCACCAUCUUCGGCCUACUGCUCUUCCUCUCCAACUCUGUCUCCAUCAUCACCCUAUGCCUGCUGGCAGUGAGCAGAUAUCUCCUGGUUGCAAAGCGGACUGUGUUUGAUCGUAUCUUCUCUGACCGAGGUCUAAUAUUACUCCUUGCCUCGGCAUGGGCACUCGGCCUGGCCAGCUUCGGCCCACUCUGGCCCGUCUACGUGUUCGUACCACAGGUGUGCACAUGCAGCUUCCAUCGUACCAGGGGUCGCCCCUACACCACCAUCCUGCUCUUUUUCUACUUUUUUGUUGGUCUGAGCUGCGUUGGUGCAUUCUACCUGCUCAUCUACAGACGUGUCCACAUUGCCUCACAAGCUCUGCUUCAGUACAGGCUCAGCCGCAGGUCGUCCAGGAGGAAACCAGCUCCCUCAUUGCAAGGGACUGAUGACAGUGGUGUGGAGAGUGGCAUGGCCAACACAUGUAGCUGUGAGGUGAGCAGCCAGGCAGAUCUAGCACAAAACAAUAUCACCUCCAAAAUGGUCAACCAAUCUACCCAGAGCUCUGCCACGGCCUCAGAUUCAUCAGCAGCCAACAGGCCUCCUGAUAUCACCCCUGCACCAACUUCAUCCACGAAUGCAGCAUCAUCUUCCCCCUCAGCCACCUCAGGAAAUGAUGGCGAAUUCAAGCGAGUGACCCGCAUGUGCUUCAUUGUUUUUCUGUGCUUUGUUUGCUGCUUUGUGCCCUUCCUGUUGCUCAACAUAGCCGACAAACAGAACCGCGCCCCACAGGUACUGCACAUGUUCUGCGCAAACCUCACCUGGCUCAACAGCUGCAUCAACCCCAUUCUUUAUGCUGUCAUGAACCGACAGUUUCGACAGGCCUACCAGCUGCUGCUCACCAGGGCCGCCGCACCCUUCACCUGCCUCUGGACCCGCUCACAGCCUCUGAGAUCCUGACUUCUAUUUACGGAAACCCAGGAUAUCAUUCUAGUGAAAUACAAGACUUUUACUCUUUUACUCUGAAAUGUAAGUUGUGAGACAUAUUAAGUAAUACAAUUUGCACUGUUGCUUUUAGAAUUUGGUGCAAGGAGUCUGGACAUGAUUACCAUUUUAACUUUCUGUGUCUGUUACGUCACAUUAUAAACACAGCUUUUACAAAAUCAGCACUGGAAAUCCUCGUCUUACACAACAUGCCUCAUUUAAGUAACGCAGGAACCUAUGACUCUUACCAGUGUCUCAACUCUGGAUGAGUGUUAACAUGCUCAGUGUAUGACUCAUGAUAUGUACAAUGGGCGAGAGAGCUCAACACACUGCUGACUAAGAAAACACAUGCAAAUAGAAAAAACACGUGCAAAUUAAGAAAACAAUUUGGCAUGUUUGUUCAUAAAC